AAUAAUCGGGAAAAUGCCACAUCCGUGUGUCGUGUGCGGCCGUUCGCGUAUGAAUCCAAACAACAGGGAAGAGGAGUAUAUGUUUUUUGGACUUCCCGUUAACGAUGAAACUAGAUGCAGAAGGUGGCUGGAAUUCUGUUGCCGUGAAGAUUUAUACAAACUUACGAAGAAACAAUUGCUUCAGCGAAUGGUUUGUUCAAAACAUUUCCAGCAAAAGGAUUUUCUAAACGAAUAUUUCGACAGAUUAAACGGUACAGCAGUACCUUCGAUAUAUGAUCCUAAACAAAGUUUAUAUAACAUAACCUGUGUACUGUGCGGUCGUUCUCGUCGAGAUCCACCGAGUUCGGAUUACGAUGGUGCAACUUUUCAUCAUUUUCCUGGUGAGGAGUUUCGAUGCCUGAAAUGGCUGGAUUUUGUCGGUGUAGAUUCAUAUUAUAGAUUAACAAGAAAAGAAAUUUUGUUUUGUUACAUUUGUUCAAAACAUUUCGACCGUUCCCAGUUUGUGCCUGGUUAUAGGAACAGAUUGGUAGACAAUGCUGUACCCAAUAUCCGCAAUCCUGAUCAGCUGGAUGGAUCUGAACAGUAUAUUAUGGAAUUUAUAUCUGAGCCAAAGUUGUAUAGUUCUGCGGAGAAACAGAAAAAGUUGGAUCCUUUACCACCUGCUGUUCUAGAAAGUCAAGCAUGCGCCGCGUGUGGUAGAUCAAGAUCAGAUCCUUUGAAUAAAAUGGAAAGAUAUAAAUUCCAUCCUUUCCCUGCUUAUGAGAUUGGUAGGUGUUUAAGAUGGUGUCAAUUUUUGGGCAGAGAGGAUCUGUUGAAAAUGUCCCCGAAUCAAAUAAGAAAAUUAGUACUUUGUUCGAAACAUUUUCAAACGGGUCAAAGUUUUCAUAAAGUAGGGCCGUGCGAUGCAGUUCCAACUAUAAAAGAUAUAUCGCAAUUAAACUCUAUCCGUUCUAUAGAACAAAUUGAAGAUGAACAGGAUAUCAUAGAGGAAUCUGAUUGUACCAGUACAAUUAAGGGAAUUAAGAAACAAGGUUUUUCAAGACCUUUAGUAUCUAGUAAGAAACCAAAGGUAGAUAAUAAGCCUACACCUCUUGCAAAGAAACGUGGGAAAUCUAAAAGGCCAACACUUAUUAACAUUCCAAGGCCUGAUCCUAAUAAUAUCGAAAAUCGUGUAAUAAGAAAGCUGCCUCUUCCUCCUAGUUCCAAUUGGAAAAUUCAAUUUGCCGAUCAAUUUCAACCUAUAACAAUAGCAAAUAACAUUACCUCGAAUAUUACAAAUAAUAUUCAAGGUAACAUAAAGAAAGUGAUAUUACCAUUCACUGGUGACAUAUCAAACUUAGGUGUUCCUAUCCCGGUGCAUAGUUUAUCCAGCAUUCCUCCAGGUUUAUUAAUUAAGAUAAAUCUUCCUGAGCAAGAACAACAGAAGCUGGUGAAAGUUAACAAAAAGCAAACUAGAACAAGAAUUAUCCAUAAUCCUACUACCUCUAAUGAAAUUGAUACGAGACAACAAGCUUGCAUGAAAAAUGGUCAAACAUCGGUUACACUGCCUGUGAUAAAACAGUCUAAAGAUGCAGAUUCAAAUUUAAUUGAAUUUCUAUCAAUUUCACCGGAAGAAACGGAACAUAAAAUGACUCCCGAAGAAUUAGAAGUGCACAAAGAAGUUAUAUUACCACAUUCGUUGGAAGCAUUAGAUGAAGAAGUAGUUGAUAUAAAGGAAGAUCAAUUUUAUCAAGAUUUUGAAGAAGUAGAAUGUUUAUCUCCGAAACAACAGAAACUUGUGCGACGUAAAAAGGUUUCAGGAACAAUGCGAAGAACAGUUUUUCCGAUCACGAGCGAAGUUCGAUAUUUUUUGCGUAAACUUGCACCCCAUAUGCAUAGACUUCCUAGGAAAGCUAGAUCACAGAUGAAACUUUCAAUAGUAAAUAUGGUAAUUGAUCAUUUGUAAAUUUGCCGAGGUAUAAAUAAAUGAUAGUAUUUAUAAGGGUAUAUAGUUAAAUAUAAAUAUUUUAAAUGUAUGCACAUAUAGAUAAUUAAUGUAUAUUAAAAGCGACCAG